CCAGGACGAUGACCCACGGCGAAAACUGAUAGUCAUUGCGACCGAAGGCCUCCCAGGGUUUUUGUGGGGGCCUUUCAUAUUCAGAUCAUUUAGCCCUGACAGCUUUUUUGACAGACAACACCGAGAAACCCUCAAGAACCUCCCGGGGGGAGAGGAUAACCACCGCGGACUGUCUGAUCUUCUAAACACCUGUUGAAUCUUCUCAAGAUGUCCUUGUUACCGAGAGUUGUCAGACACCAUGGGAGGUUGUUCAACGUUUGUAGCGCUCGGAGUUUGGUGACCUACCGUUCGCAGAGUACCAGGGCGGAAGAGAGCGUUGCUUACGACACAGCCGCUCGGCCUUUUGAGAAGAUCCCCGGGCCGAAGGGCCUUCCCUUGAUCGGAACGGGGUUGGACUAUGCACCGUUUGGUCGGUUUCCGCUUAAAACACACCUCCGUGAAUCCUUCAGGGAGAGAACAAAGGCCUACGGGAGCAUCUAUCGGGAGAAGCUGGGACCGCUGGACCUGGUGGUUAUCAGCGAUCCCAAGGAGAUAGAGAAGGUGUUCCGCAAUGAGGGGAGGUAUCCGGAGCGCGUUCAGCUGGAGAGCGUUAGAACGUACCGGGAAAUAAAGAAGCUGCCGAUCGGGGUAGUGAACCUGAAUGGCCCUGAGUGGCAGCGCGUGCGCAGCUCGGUGCAGAAGGACCUCAUGCGGCCCAAGACUGUCGGUGCGUACGCCUCUCUGCAGGAUGACGUCACAAGGGACUUGGUUGACGUCAUCAGGGCUCUAAUAGGGAAGGAAGGGAGCGGAGGCCAAGUUCAGAACUUCACCAACUUCGUGUACAGAUGGGCGCUAGAGGCGAUCAGCGUGGUUGUGCUGGACAAGCGGCUCGGUUGCCUGACCUUGGAUGACCUUGUUCCUGGUUCUGACGCAAAACUGAUGAUCGACGGAGUUAACGACUUCUUCAAUGCUGCCGUCAAGCUGGAGAUGUCAGGAGCCGGACGUCUGUACAAGUACAUUAGUACCCCUACUUGGAGGAAGUUUGCAAAUGCAAUCGACCAAUGGCACGGAGUUGCUGCCAAGUUGCUGAAGGAAAAGCUGGCCAAAAGUGCAGCCGAAGAAGGAAAACCCGCCGAGUCCGACACGGACUUCCUCCAGAGCCUCCUGUCCAGGAGUGACGUCACCUUCGAGGAGGCCAUGCUGAUGGCGGUGGAUCUGAUGGCUGCUGGGAUCGACACGACGGGGAACACCCUGAUGUUCAAUCUCUUCUGCCUGGCGAAAAACCCGGAAGCCCAGGAGAAACUUUACCGAGAGAUCCAGGAGGUGGUCCCAGCCGAGCAGCCCAUAGAUGAUAAGGUGUUGAACAGGAUGCACUACCUGCGGGCAGUGGUGAAGGAAACUUUCAGGCUUUGUCCAACUGUUGGCAACAACAUAAGAACGCUGGACCGAGACAUGGUGUUGUCUGGAUAUGUCGUCCCUGCGAAGACGAAGAUCUUCAUGGCUCACGACGUCAUCAGCUCGCUUCCGGAAUACUAUCCGGAACCGGAAGUCUACAAACCGGAAAGAUGGCUCCGUGAUGACGAGUCGAGCAGCGUCCAACCGUUCACCCUGCUGCCGUUCGGCUACGGACCGAGGAUGUGCAUUGGUCGGCGUUUCGCAGAACAAGAGCUUCAUCUCGGAUUGAUCAGGAUUGUUCAGAACUUCCACGUCGGAUGGGCAGGAGAGGACAUGAAACAAGUGAACCGGCUGGUACUUUCUCCGGACAGGGACUCAUUCGUCUUCUCUGCAAGAGCGUAAAGAUAUAAUCUCUACAAGUAUCCAAUUAUGUUUCUUUCGUUGAUUAGCAUCCACUAAAGUUAAGACGCGGAGUUGUUUUUUUUACUUGAUGAAAUGUGUCCAACACCAUCAGUUAGUGAAAAGUCUGUAAAUGAUUAUGUAUUGGAGGACUGACCAUGGCUCAUGGCUCCUCAGAAUGGGUGGAUGAAUGAAUGAAUGAAUGGAUGAAUGAAUGAAUGAAUGAAUGGCAUCUACCAACCGAAUAAACGUUCUAGCUAUCGUAAUAAACAAUUAUAACGAUAUUACCUGGUUGUGUUACGUAGCAUUGUACUUCAUUGCCAACACAUAUCAUCAACAUGUAACAAAACUGUAUAACAUCAGAUUCUGUAACAUAUAUACCGCAUGAUUGCAAUGAGAAAUACAUGGAAAUGGUAAUCUACUUUAUAAACUUUAUAUUAUGGAAUGAGAUUAUGUUCUUUGGUGUAGUGAUGGAACUUUAAGUUUUUUCUAAUAAUAUAAAAAUAUAUAUAUUUCUCCGCGUGUACAUGUCGAAUUCAAUUAUGCUUUUGAAUUGGCAAUUUUUAAUCAUUUGAGUACCCUGUACAGUACAUAAGAUGAUGGCCAUUUUUGAGUUGAACUAUGCAUAUCAAACUGUUUGGGACAUUCAAGUAAAAAUGGUAAUGUUCUUGUCAAAUUGACACUCAAUAGAUAUUCUUUAAAGCUCCGUGUAUGUUAUAAGCUCGGUCAAACCUUAGAGUAAGCAUGCGCGGCGACUGCUAUUUUGGGCAAUUUGUCAAUGACGUGUUUUGUUUAUUUCUCAGGGGUCUUCACCCUUGACAUAUUACCCACAAUUCCUGUCGCCGCGCAUGAAUACGUGGAAGUGUUAUCAAGCGCGAACUGCAUUCCUCAGACAUAUUCGCAUAUAUUUACAUUCAAACUAACUUCAUACAGAUGUCAGUUUUUAUUGCAUGGUCGGUUGGCUAUAACGUCAAUGGUGUGAAUAAAAGUUUAACAAUAGUAAAAACCA